GAAGACACGGAAACCAAUGGAAUCGACCCUCAUUGCAUUGGUUUGUUGUGUCAGUCAGCUCCCCUGAAAACUGUUUUUUUUUUUUAAAUCGCGAAUAUUGACGUGUAUGUGCGACACGAGUAGUGUAAAAUGUCUAGCCGGGCUCUGCGAAGGCUCAAGGGGAAGCGGCGGGGUCAGGAGGCCUUGGACUGCGGGGAUUUAACUUUGGGUGACAGCCCGGUGGAGGAGGAGCAGGCUGCGGCUGAAGAGGAGCAGCUGGACACGGCUAAUGUUUCUCCCCAGACUACAGGGAAAGGCAGCGGCCGAAAGGCAAAGAAAAACAAGGCUCAGAAAAACUUCAGCAACAUUUAUGAGUUGAUAUGUGAUGCAGACAACGAUGCACCUGAUGAAGAGGCUGAGAAGCCAGAUGAAAAUAAAACAAGUGGCGUGGAGAAGACUGAUAACAGGGACAAAGAGAAAUCAGAUCAGAAGCAAGAGGAAGCCUCUAAAAAGUCUUUGUCAGGAGGAGACAGAGUUAAAAAGAAGAAGAAAAAGAAGAAGUCUAAAGCGACAUCAGAAGAUGGACAGGAGGCUUUACCAGAUGAUAACAUUGAUUUAUUGCUCGAGAACCUGAAGCAGUCCAAUGGUCUGAGUUUGCAAAAUGAGGAUUGUGGAGGCUCCGACAGAAGAGCGGUGUUGCAUGUGGAGCACAGGAAUCUCAACCCAGAGACGGAGCUGAAAAGGUACUUUGGGGCUCGAGCUGUGCAAGGAGAUCAAAGACCUCGUCAGAGAAACCGACACUUUCACCGUAGCACCUGGAUGACCAGUCCUAAAGACAGCUGGCCUCGCUUUAGCCGCCCAGGAAUCUCAAUGACCUUGCUGCAGUCAAAGGAUGGCAUUCAGUUCUUCACCUUUGAGCACAAUCGGGACUAUCAACAAGUACAGUUCAAGUUCUUGGAUGCUGUCGAGUCCAUGGAUCCCAACAACAUUGUGGCCCUGCUACAGCUGAACCCGUACCACAUCGAUUCCUUGCUGCAGCUCUCUGAUGUCUGCCGCAUACAGGAGGAUCAGGAGAUGGCCAGGGACCUCAUAGAGAGGGCCCUAUACAGCUUUGAGUGCGCGUUUCACCCUUUAUUCAGUCUGACCUCAGGUACCUGCAGACUUGAUUAUCUGAGACCAGAAAACAGGGCAUUUUAUCUGGCUCUUUAUAAGCACAUGAUGUUUCUGGAGAAGAGAGGAUGCCCACGGACUGCUUUGGAGUACUGCAAACUGAUUCUAAGCUUGGACCCAGACUCCGACCCACUUUGCAUGCUCCUGCUCAUCGAUUUACUGAUGCUGCGUUCCAGAGAAUACCAGUCUCUCCUCCAGUUGUACCAGGACUGGGAGGAGCACAGAAACCUGUCCCAGCUGCCAAACUUUGCGUUCUCCACUGCACUUUGCCAUUUCCACCUCAGCCAGCAGGAAGAUCUGCAUCCCGAAGAUACUGACAAACAAAGACGCAAAGCUGACCAGAUGCUGCAGGAUGCUCUCAUAAUGUUCCCUGGAGUGUUGAUGCCUCUGCUGGACCUGUGUACUGUGCAGCCAGAUGCAACAGUCACCUCACAUGCUUUCUUUGGCCCAAAGAGUCAGAUAGGACAGCCACCAGCCCUGACUGAACUGACUGCGCUGUAUGUGGGAAGGACCUGCAACCUGUGGAGGGAAGCAGCAGUAAUGCUGUGGUUGGAGGAGUCCGUGAAAGAGGUGCUGCGUCGAGUCGAUGCAGAAGACCCUUUUGUUGAGGACUGCCAAAACAAGAGAAAGCAGAGGUACCAGAGUGCACCAAGGAACAUCCAUCGCCACGUCCUCUUAUCCGAGAUCAAGGAAGCCGUUGCAAGUCUGCCUCUGGACGUGACUAGUCAGCCUAUGAUGGGUUUUGACCCUCUGCCUCCACUGGACUCAGUCAUGUCGUAUACCAGACCUGAGAGGCAGCAUGUUGGUGCCACCAAUGAGAGUACAUUGUCGCUGUUUUUUCGGUCUUUGCUUCCAAACUUCAACCUUCAGGGGGACCUGAGGCAGGAGGACGACAUGGAAGUGGCUCGAGCUGGUCAGGAGCUGAACCAGGAAGUGAAUCGCCUAAUGGUGGCGAUGAGGGACAUGCUGGCAAACAUCAGGUUUCAAGAGCCGCCGAGAGACGACAACCCGUACAGAGACGAGGAGGAAUGGGACUGAGAGAGGAGGGAGACAGAGUGUGAGGAUGAAGAGGAAUUAAUAGACAAUAAUAAACUCAAUGAAGUGUAAUGACAACAAGUAAAAUGAUAAUAUUUAAUGUUGUUUAUAAUUAAAAAAGACAUGGCCCGGGACAAAUGAAUAGUAUUUGUUUGAUUGUCACAAUUUCAGUGGACUAAAGUAAAAGGAGGCAACGUAGUUACGGCUCUCCUCGGCUUUAGUGGCAUUGAUCAAAAACACAGUUUCCAGACAUUUGUCAACGUGGGACAUGCAUAUCUGCAACAUGUCUAGUAUGUUAGUGCUGCAAAAUGAAUCAUUUUUGUAAAAAAAAAACAAAAAAAACACACAGUACAUUCACAUAUACUAGGUGUUACUCUUUGUUCUUCAUCUUCUGGCUUCUGAGAGUUUUUCAUGCCCACAAACAAUGGACCGCUUUAUGAAACAAGAAAAAUAUGUAACCAGUUUUUUUUUUUUGUAUUGACUGGAAGUUCUUUAUCGCUAAUUCAAAAAUUGAGGUUGAGCAGUUUAAUACAGGAUGUAACAGAAACAGAACAUUUUAUUCUCAUCGACAAAAGCGCUUAUCAUGAAAGAUCGAGGUGAAAACAGAAGGCUCUUUUAUCGUCUUUUAAACACUCUGCUUUCUUCGACAUGUUUAACCAGAUCAGCCUGUUUUGUUCGUCAAAUCAACUUUAUUUAGAUGAAACAUAUCCGGGACCUGCUGCUGAAACGCACUCGCCCAACCAGAAAUUAUGUUGAGAACCCAAAGAAGCAUUUCUGAGGCAAUGUUGUCACCACAAUCAUCUUGUACAGAGUUUAUUCUGAUUAAAGCAAAAAGAAAAUCAAGUGAAAACAUCAAUUAAAAUAAAAAUAUAUGACUUUUCUGAUUUUUUGAAAAAUAAAGCAAGGGUGCGACUACUUUGGUCACACAUGCAUAA